CCCACCUUGGGACAUCGACCAGACAACCCCAUUUUCCUCCUCCCAUCUCUCCCAGCUCUACAAAUACCCGUCUUUCUUCCCUCUUCUUCCUCACGCAAACUCAUCGUCAUUCAAAAUGGGCUUCUCCGACCUCCUUUCCGAUGCUGGACUCACCAUCCUUAACAGCUGGUUGACCACCCGCUCCUACAUUGUCGGACACACUGCCUCGCAGGCCGAUGUUGCUGUCUUCAAGGCCAUCCAGUCUGCCCCUGACGCCAGCAAGUACGUCCACGCUGCCCGCUGGUACAAGCACAUCGCCAGCUACGAGCCUGACUUCGCCACCCUCCCCGGCGAUGCCUCCGCUGCCUACUCCACCUACGGUCCUGAGGCUGUGACCCCCGCCGCUGCCCCCGCCGCUGCCGCCGAGGAGGACGAUGACGUCGACCUGUUCGGUAGCGAUGAUGAGGAGGAGGACGCCGAGGCUGUCCGAGUCCGCGAGGAGCGCCUGGCUGAGUACAAGGCGAAGAAGGAGGCCAAGGGUCCCAAGCCCGCCGCCAAGUCUAUCGUCACUCUCGACGUCAAGCCCUGGGAUGACGAGACCGACAUGGCUGCUCUUGAGGCCGGUGUCCGUGCUAUCACCAUGGACGGCCUUGUCUGGGGUGCCUCUCAGCUUAUCCCCGUCGGCUACGGUGUCCGCAAGCUCCAGAUCAACAUGGUCGUCGAGGAUGAGAAGGUCAGUGUCACUGACCUCUCCGAGGAGAUUGAGGCUCUCGAGGACUACGUCCAGUCCACCGACGUUGCUGCCAUGCAGAAGCUGUAAAGUGUUGUGCGCAACGGGAUGGAUCAUGUGAUGAGGCACGACGACUGGGAUUUGAUGACUCCAACAGGAAUGAUGUCUUGGGAAUGAACCUCAUGAAAGGGAGGACCAGCUACGAAAGCUACCCCUCGCACCUGCCAUAGACUAUGAAGAAAUGAAGAAAAAUACAUGGGGCAAAACACCCAGUGUCCGUGUCAACGGCGUUUCACAACA